GUCGUUUUUCAAUUGCUUUCUAUUAAUAGUGAUUGAUUACUAAUCCAUUAUUUUUAUUACAAUUCAAAAUUUCAGGUUGUACUAAGUACUUUUCAUUCAUUUUAUGCUAAGAAAUAGAAGUGCAUUAAAAGGUGGAACAUUAGUUAUUUAAUUUGUAAAAGCCAUAGAAUUAAUUCUAUGAAAAGUCUAUACAACAAUAAUUUUACAGUUAAGAACAGCUGAUCAUUAUAUGUUUUGUCAGUGAAUUAACCUUCAAAUAGGUAAUUUAUUUCUUGAAAAAGUCAAACAAUUUUCUCAGUGCGUCAUGGCUCCAAAAGCUCUAAUUUUUUUGGCUUCUGGAGCUGAAGAGAUGGAAUUUGUAAUAUCUGCCGAUGUGUUAGCGAGAGGAGGGGUAGAAGUUACAAUAACAGGUGUCCCAGAAUGUACUUUAGUUAAAUGUAGUCGUGGUGUUCGUAUUCAACCAGACGUUUGCAUUGCCGAUGCUGCAAAGAGAGUACCUUUCGACGUUAUUGUUUUACCUGGUGGCUUAGGAGGUUCUAAAGCAAUGGCUCAAUCUAAGGAAGUAGGAGAAUUGCUUAAAGAACAAGAAGCCAGUGGAAGACAUAUUGCAGCAAUAUGUGCAGCUCCAUUGGCAUUAAAAGCUCAUGGAAUCGCACGUGGCAAAAAUUUAACUUCAUAUCCAAGUGUAAAAAAUGAACUUUUGGAUGGUGAUCACGGAUAUCAAUACAAAGAAGAAAAAGUAGUUAUUGAUGGUACUAUAAUUACGAGCAGAGGACCAGGAACUGCUUUUGAUUUUGCUUUAGCUAUUGUUGAGAAAUUGCAAGGAAAGGAAAAAGCUCAAGAAGUAGCUAAAGGAAUGCUUUUGUCAUGUUAAAAAAACCAAAUGUAACCACGGCUUUAAAGAGUGUUAAGAAAUAUAUUGUGAUUAAAUAUAAUAUGUAAACAUUCUUAUUGAUUGAAAUGAAACGCAUGAUGGAGUUAUAAUUAUAAACUGAAAUAUUGUUGGAGCAAUAA